AUGUUGGAGGCAGCCAAGUGGGUGGCGCAGUCACAGGGGCAGCUCAUCGCACACCUGCUCUCACAGAAUCCGGACUAUUCGCUGGUGACGGUGGGGCACUCCCUGGGCGCGGGCACAGCAGCGCUGCUCGCCAUGCUGCUGCGCCACCCGCCCUCCCUGCCCGCCCUCUCCCUCUCCCCGCACCACCUCCCCCCAGCUGCGCUCAUCCCCUACUGCUGGGCCUUCGCAUGCCCCUGCAUAGUGUCCCAGGACCUUGCUGAGACUGCUUUCUUCAUCCGCUCAGUGGUUCUGCAGAUGAGGGGCAGUGGGAUGCUGAUGGGGCGGCGGGAUGCUGCAUUGUGCAUGCAUGGUACAGACAGAGCACUGCAUGCUGCAUUUGGUGCUACAUAG